AAAAAUUUGUUUUUGGUACCCCCGACAGCACCCAGUAAGAGCAAUCAAUUUCUAACAAACCCCACCAAUAUCUGAGGAAAAAAUCCCUGAAUUCUCUUCAAUGGCGGAGGACAAGAAAGAGUCAACGUCAAGUUCGGCGCUACAAGAAGAUCCGGAAGAUCCUGUCAAAUCCCCUCCUUCUUCCCCUAAUUCCUCUACUCGCAAGGCUUGCUAUGCUGUUCUUCAAAGUUGGGUGUCAAAGAAGUUCAUGACUGGAUGUGUGGUUCUGUUCCCCGUGGCUGUUACAUUUUUCAUCACUUGGUGGUUUAUUCAAUUUGUUGAUGGUUUCUUCAGCCCCAUAUAUGAAAGACUUGGUAUUGACAUAUUUGGCCUUGGAUUUGUCACAUCAAUAACCUUCAUAUUCUUUGUUGGCAUUUUUGCUUCAUCAUGGCUGGGUUCAACUGUUUUCUGGAUAGGGGAAUGGUUUAUAAAGAGAAUGCCCUUUGUCAAGCAUUUAUACUCUGCAUCCAAGCAAAUUAGUUCUGCUAUUUCACCAGACCAAAAUACCAAUGCUUUCAAGGAAGUUGCUAUAAUUCGUCAUCCCCGAAUUGGUGAAUAUGCGAUUGGUUUCAUAACAUCUUCAGUAACUCUCCAGGUACUUUCAUCAUAAUAUCCUAUAUCAAAAAAACU